GAUGUCAGCACCAUUUUAUACAGUUAAGGUAUUACACUUAAUUUAAUGAAAGGAUGUUCCUGCUCAAGACUUCAUUCGUGGAUAUGCAGAGUACUUAAAGAAAAAUAAUAAAAUAAAAAUCCCAGAAUGGGCAUCUAUCGUAAAAACAGGUCUUGGAUAAGAAAUCUCUCCUAUCGACUAAGAUUGGAUGUAUGUUAGGGCUGCAGCACUUGCAAGAAAGAUAUAUGUAAGAGGUCAUUGGGUACUCUAUUUAUAAGAACAUAUAACUUUAGGGUGUUGGUAAUUUGACUCACAUGUUUGGAUCAGUUAAUGAUAAUGGAAAACAUGAAUCAGGAUCAGGAAAAGUUAUUAGAUAUUUGCUCUAACAAUUAGAAUCAAUCAAAGUAUUAAAGAAAGACAAUAAAUCACUCUUAAAGAAAGGAUCUAGAAUUGUUACAAAAGAAGGAUAGUAAGACUUAAAUAGAAUUGCAACUUAAGUAGCUUUAGCUGCAAGAAAAUGAUU